AUGGCUUUUCGGGAGACCAUUAGGAUGUGUUGCAAUCGCCCAGGACCCUGCAGAUCUGCCGUAGCGGCCCUUGCCACAAUGGUCUUCACCAUGACCUCCUUGCAGGCGCUGAUGAGAAGCACGCAAAGUUUCGUGGGACAUCAUGCAGCCACGCAAAGCGCCAAACAGUCGAAGAGGACAUCCCUCCGUGCUCGACAAAGCGGUGACGGGUUGGUGGUGGUUGAGCCACAGGCACGACACAGUGCCACAGUGAUCUGGCUCCAUGGCCUUGGGGAUACGGGCGAAGGCUGGAUGGAUGUGGGGCCACAACUGCAGAUGAAGCUACCCUUUGUCCGAUUUCUGUUUCCCACCGCACCCACACAGCCCGUGACGGUGAACAUGGGUAUCUCUAUGCCCAGUUGGUUUGACAUCAAUUCCUUGGAGCCGGAGCUCUUUAAGCUGAACCCCAAAGGUUUGAAGGAGAGUGCUGAGUACGUGCGAAGCCUAAUGAAGGAGGAGCUGGACGUGGGGAUCAGCUCUGAACGCGUGGUGCUCGUGGGCUUCUCGCAGGGGGGCGCUGUGGUGCUGGAAGCCGCGCUGGGUCAGGACUCUGAGGCCUGCGGAGCUGUUCUGGUGCUCAGUUCCUUCGUGGGCAGCCGGCUGCCGGCAGCGCUGCCGGCCACAAUUGUGCACUUCUUCCAUGGCGAGGCAGAUCAGGUGGUGCCCAUUUCUUGGGGUCAACGAAGCUUCAAGGAACUUGAGGCCAAAGGGCUGAAGCCCAGCUUCAAGUCCUAUGCCGGCAUGCCACACUCCGCCUGUGCUGAAGAGUUGCAGGACAUUGCGGCGGUGUUGAGCGCAGUCCUGGGGUUAGCGAAGGUUCUGGAGCUGUGCUCAGCCUGCGCAGUGGAUGACGAAAACGAAGAAUGGGGCGGUGGGGUGUUGGAAAGUGUCCUGGCGAUGCUGGAAGCCAUCGACGGGAAUCGCUUGGUGAAUGCUCAGUCCCUGAGCCAUUUGUUUCGCUGGGAAGCUACCCGACCCAUAGGUCAGCUGAACAUGCAGGCCGUGACUGGGCACAGGUGCCGGGGAUGUGCCGGCAGUCGGGAGUUGCCGCCGACCGGUGAGCCUGACAACCUGGCACCGCCGGCGUCAAGCGUCAUGGAGCAAGGCUUGCAGGUAGAAACCUGCUUCUUGAUUGCUUCACUGGGCAUGAAUGUGGGCAUCUUGUCACCACUGUCCGUGAUGAUUUACUUUGACCAUCCGUGGGCAAAGGCAUGGUAUGGUACCCAUACCGUGGCACGAAGCAUUCUGCUCUCGAUGUACAUGUCCAUCGUGGUGGCAUCGCUGAGUCUCCCAGUUGUGCUCUUCUUGGACGCCACGCAAGAACUGGGGCGUUUUCUCAUUGCUGGGCUGCUGGUCUUUCAGAUCUUGCAGAGUUUCUUGACGCCCUUCACGGACAGCGGCAGAAUCGAAACGGAUCAUGCGGAUCCCAUGGGCAAGAUGGCCGGCCACACUGCCGGCCGCGUUUCAAGGUACUUGCCGCCCAUAGGGCCAGUGGCAUGCCAUUUGGGGAUGGCUAUGUUCCAUGGCAUCACCCUAGGUGUCGUCUUGGUUUUUUCAGAGACCUGA